GGCUUUGAAAGAUUUUGAAGCUGUUACAAAAGCUGGACCGAAUGUUGAAGAUGCAAAAGCCAAAUAUGCCCAGUGUAACAAAAUGGUGAAGAAAAUUGCAUCUGAGAAGGCCAUUGCAGUCGAUCAUGGGAAGAAAAGUAUAGCUGACAGAAUUGAACUGGAAAACAUGACCAUAGAAGAUGAUUAUGAUGGACCCAAAUUAGAAGAUGGGAAGGUUACGUUGCAAUUCAUGGUAGACCUUAUGCAACAGUAUAAAGAACAACGUGAGCUUCACAGGAAGUAUGCAUACAAGAUAUUAUUAUAUGUGAAACAACUUUUUACGAAAAAACCAUCCCUUGCAGACAUUAACAUUCCAGAUGGUAAGAAAUUCACAGUGUGUGGAGAUAUAGAUGGCCAGUACUAUGAUCUCAUGAAUAUAUUUGAACUUAACGGAAUUCCUUCAGAAGAAAAUCCUUAUCUUUUUAAUGGGGACUUUGUAGACAGAGGUUCAUUCUCAGUUGAAUAUAUAUUUACAUUAUUUGGUUUCAAGUUACUAUAUCCUAAUCAUUUCUUCAUGGCAUGUGGUAACCACGAAAGUAGAGUGAUGAAUGAGAUGUAUGGCUUUGAAGGAGAGGUGAAGGCGAAGUACACUGCGCAGAUGGCUGAACUUUUUACAGGGUUUACAACUGGUUGCCGCUGUGCCAUUGUUUAAAUAAUAGAGUGCUAGUUAUGCGUGGUGGUAUGUUUUCAGACGAUAGUGUCACACUGGAAGAUUUGAGAAAGAUUGAUAGGAACAGGCAACCGCCAGAAGAAGGUUUAAUGUGUGAGUUAUUGUGGUCUGAUCCACAACCUCAGCCUGGCAGAGAACCAAGCAAGCGAGGUCCUGGCAUACAGUUUGGUCCAGACGUUACAAAGAAAUUUCUUGACCUUAAUGGUCUAGAUUAAAUUACAAGGAGCCAUGAAAUGAAAA